AUGGAUGACUAUUACAGUAUCAAAAGCAUUGAAUUCAAAGGGUAUCAUUGUCGGAUACUACUAGACCAAGAUGAAGACUACUCUGCAUUGGUAGCGUUGACUAAUGCCCUAGUGUUGUCGCAGGGACAUAAUAGGGUUACGAGCCAAUUGAAGAGUAUAUUUGACAACUGCAAUGAGAUAGCUGUAGAAGAUCUUCUCGAUGAACUUGCCAACAUUGGACUGCAAUUAGGUGUGAUGAGUAACUAUGGGCAAGACAAGGAACAGUUAAUAGCUACAUUGAAGGAGUUUAGAAAAGGUUUGCAUAUUAAUCCUAAAUUUAACGGAUCAUUUACUGACAGUUUGGAAACUUCUGUAUUUAGUGGAUUCAAUGUUGCUUUGGUUCAUGGAUGGGUGGUUGAUGGUGACAGAGAUCCAACGAGUUAUUACCAUCUAUCAAAAUAUUCAUACGAGGAAGCACAAAGGGUUUUAGUCCAAGCAUAUGAAAUUAGGAAGGACCAGAACGGGGUUGCGCUUAACACUAAUGCACAACAAGUAUUAGACGACUCUGCAUAUAUUAAAUCAUUUCUAGCACGGUCUGCUACUCAAUUGACUGAGUAUGGUUUACAACAUUUAAAGGAAAUACUUGUUGAGAAAUCAUUUGCUGUGCUAUUUAGAAAUGAUAGAUAUUUCACUCUCUACAAAAAUGCUGGUGAAUUAUUUAUUCUCGUUACUAAUCCAUCGCAAUCACGUAAUAACAACAUUGUUUGGCAGUCAUUACAUUCGGUAAAUGGUGCUAGGGAUUUGUACUAUAAUGGAGUUUUUGUUGAGAUAAACCCAGAUAAUGACCAAAAUACAUUUGAUGAUGUUGUUGUCCCACAAAGUAAUCCAUUCAGUGACCCACAAACAAACCAAGAAUUCCAAAACAUUGACAGAAAUGAUACCUUCGAUGCUCAGCAGGUGGAAGAUGAUGAAUUGCUAGCUAGGCAAUUGCAGGAAGAAGAGGAUAGACAAGCCGCUGGUCUAAUGCAGAAUGCUUACAGAAGAAAUGGACCUCGUAAUAAGUACCAAAUAGAUGACGAGUCAAAGAAGAAGAAGAAAAGGAACAGUAUAAUUCCAAAAAUGCCGUCUCUAGGAAAAAAGAAGAAAGACGGUAAGGAUAAAAAUUGUAUUAUAAUGUAA